AUGGCACCGUUCUCUUUCACGAACGCACUAACAUACAUCUAUGUCCUCUUCGCCCUGUUACAUUUUUACUACGUAAUUCAAUUGGGCAUAUCAUUGCAUGGUAAUAGUGCAACUAUUUGGGACAGUAUACUAAAUAUAAGAACUGGAAGGUCAUUAGCGGAUAAAACUGAAAUUCACAGACCAAAGCAGAGUGAAGUCCUCGCUAGUCCUAAGGAUGGGGAUCCCACUGAAAGUACUGAGUUGCAUGGGACGUUGGAAACAUCAGAUUCGAAGCCUAAGUCAAGAGUGAUGGCAUUUAUGAAAAUGAAGGAGCAAUAUGGAAAAAUAAAAAUCAGAACUAGACGAGGUUAUAAUAAAAUGGUAUAUACUAUUAGAGAAAAUAAAGAAUGGAUCCUCUGCACAUUAGGUAUUUCCAUCUUUUUUCCAGCAGCUCUUUGUUCUUUAGGUAUUUUUGUUUGGACGUAUAUAUUAAUAAAAGAAGUUCCUUGGACUACAGGGUACAUUACAAUUCCUCUAUUUAUGGUAUGUAUCAUACUAAGCAUGAUCGUGGGAACCUACUACCCCUUGAAGAGGGCUUUAUGUACAUAG